AUGGAUGUUACGGUUCACAAGAAUCCCACCAUAGUCACCAAUGGCGGACGCUAUCCCGGACUUCUUAUCCACUGGACCGGUUCGACUCCAGACGGCCUCUUUCGGACCCGAGUCGGGCAGGCCGGAGGAGUGGAAUUCCAUUACUAUAUACCCAUCCCCCAGUUCGCCACAGUCAAAUUACCUAAGGUCGGUUAUAAUCUUAAAAGCUCAUCCUGCGGUUCCGCCACUUGGCUCUCCUCCUUAAACCAUCUUAGAGGUAAUCAUGCAUAG